AUGAACCUUGAGAAAAUAAAAAGGGCUUAUUAUACAAUAGGUUUUCCCUCUGGCGGGGAACACUGCCAGUACACGGGCAGCGACCACACCUCCUCCUGCCCCUACUUGGAGUGUCAGGAGCGCUCGCGAGACCGGGUCUGCGACCCGCAGUGCAAGAACCAGGAGCGCAAAUGGGACGGGGGCGACUGUUCCCUGCACUGGCCGCACCCCUGGGAGAACUGCACUGCGCAGGUGAACUGCUGGGAGCUCUUCCACAACGGCCGCUGCGACCCGGAAUGUAACAACCCAGGCUGCCUCUUCGACAGCUUCGAGUGUCAGAAGACGUCACCCUCUGGCUCCAGCACCUGCAAAUACGAGAGGUACUGUCAGGACCAUUACCAGAACGGCCACUGUAAUCAAGGCUGUAACACGGAGGAGUGUGGCUGGGACGGGCUGGACUGCUCGACGGACACACCGGCCCAGCUGGCCGAGGGCACGCUGGUGUUGGUUGUCCUGUUGCAGCCCAGAGAGCUUCUGGGAGACCUGAAGGGCUUCCUGCGCUCCCUGGGGAACCUCCUCCACACCAACCUGCAUGUCAGACUGGACCAAAAGCAGCAGCUCAUGGUCUACCCGUACUACGGCAUCGAGGAGGACCACGCCCACAUGGGGGGCGGGGACACGAGGAAACUGGGCAAGCGAGAGCUGGAGAAGGAGGUCAUUGGGUCCAAGGUGUAUCUGGAGAUUGAUAACAGACAGUGUGUCCAGAACUCCAACGACUGUUUCUCCAGGACCGACCUGGCUGCCUCCUACCUGGCUGCGGAGUACCUGAAAGCGGAUCUGCCUUAUCCCAUCUUCGCUGUAUCCAGUUUCACGGGUGCUCUGUGUAUGGAGAACAUUGAUGACUGCAUCCCAAAGCGCUGCCAUCACGGCGUGUGUAAGGACGGCAUCGCCACGUUCACGUGCGAGUGCUUUCCAGGGUAUAUGGGCCGCAUUUGCAGCGAGCAGGUGAAGGAGUGUUACAGCGACCCCUGUCAGAACGGAGGUCACUGUGUCGACCUCGUCAAUGGAUACCAGUGCAACUGCCUACUGGGGACGUCAGGUGGGAAUUGUGAGAACAAUCACGAUGACUGUGCCAGCAACCCCUGUGUCCAUGGCACCUGUGAAGAUGGAAUUAAUGAGUACAAGUGUGUGUGUAAGCCUGGUUACACAGGUGAGCGCUGCACAGAGGACAUAGAUGAGUGCAGCUCCAGCCCAUGUUUGAGUGGAGGGACCUGUUUGGAUAAGCCCAAUGGCUUCCAGUGCCAGUGUCCCACAGGCACACACGGCCAGUUCUGCACUGACGACGUGGACGAGUGCUGUCUGCAGCCCAACACCUGUCAGAACGGAGGCACCUGCAGCAACACGGUGGGCGGCUACUCCUGCAUGUGUGUGAACGGGUGGAGUGGACUCGACUGCUCGGAGAACAUUGACGACUGCGCUCUCCACCCCUGCCUCACCGGUGUCUGUCAGGACCGCGUCGCCUCCUUCUUCUGCAGCUGCCCAUUCGGCAAGACCGGUUUGCUGUGUCACGUUGAUGAUGCGUGCAUUAGCAACCCGUGCAGGGCAGGAUCUCAGUGUGACACCAACCCUGUUAAUGGCAAGUUCAACUGCAACUGUCCCUCCGGAUACAAAGGGAACACAUGCAACGAUGACAUCGAUGAAUGCACCAUCGGUGAGGGCAGGAGAGUCUAG